AUGAAUAAUAAUAAUAGGGGAGCUGCAGUAGGCUCUGUUGUUGGUAUAUUUCUAAAACACCCUAGAUUUUGGAGCUAUUUUUUCGCAGGUAUUGGUGCACAUCACGCUUACAGUAAAGGACCAGUCAAAUUACAUAUAUUCAGAUGUGACAAUUGUUGA